AUGGUGGUUGGAGGUUUUGACGUUGAAUCCAGAGGAGAAGUCAUAAUAAAGGGCAAAGGAGUGAUGGAGACCUAUUGGCUGAUUGGUCGCGGUAGCGGUGAUCUUCGUCGAGCAACAAUUUCACCAAUGAAGAAUUACGAGGAAGCAGGACAACAAAAUGUUAAUGCACUAAGUAAUGAUAAUAAUGAGUCAAAGCCCAUAGGGAUAUAUCAAGAGUUCAAGAACAACGGCGCGCAAAUCCAGUGA